UAGUAUGUCGUGCGCACGAGAUAAAUAAAAACAUACACAUGUCACCUUUAUGCCACCGUACGCAUUCACAUGAUGAUCGCGUUCAUUUUUCCGGUUUGUUGUCAGAUAGACUGUUGAGAAGCGAGAGAUCACUGUCCCUGGCAGCGGGACUCGGCAAUUCGGCGGGUUCCGACGACUUUCAUACAGAGGUUGCCAAAAAGACUCGAGCACUUUCGAUUGGUCGACAGGAAGCGGAAACGGAAGUUUACACAGAUGAGUUAGUGAGAAAGACCGGAGAUCUUGACAAGGCGCUAAUCUACGUCUUGCAACACUUAAAGAUCGAGUCAAAGAUCCAAGUGAUGGUGAACAGCCUGAUCCACCGGGGCGCCAAUACUUCCACGGCGGACGAAUCCCUCAAGACACCACUACACUUUGCCGUCGAGCGAGGACUCAAAGGUGUGGCUGGCAAGCUACUUGAGAACGACGCUUAUUCGCACUCCCGGGAUAAAAAUAAACGCCUCGCCCUGGGGACCGCCCUCAAUGAAGAGAAAGACGAGCUCGCCGCCCUCCUUCUGGCAUACAUGCCCAAUAAAUUUGUCCGUAGUCUCUUUCUGGCUAAAAAAGAAAACUCAGAGUCCGAGUUCCGACUCCACGAACUGAUCAACUCUAAAAAAAUGCAGAAAACGGUGUUGUCAGUGCUGGACUGUAUGAUCGAGCCACAGGGUUCCGCGGACAGUAUCAGGGUGUAUUACGGCGUCCUGGAGGCGGACGAGUCUGGGCGGCCACCCGACCACCCACAGUUCCAACACACCGACAAGUCCUGCAUGCAGGUCAUCGCCAAACAGGGGAAUAAGAACAUAGUGUACCAUGAUACAGUCCGUUUACUUACUCGACGAAAGUGGAAAUCAUAUGCUGGGAAAAGAUUUGAAAUAAACACGGCCAUAUUCAUGUUCUCGCUGUUCUGCAUGACGUUCGCAGCGGUGACGUCAGUGAUGACCCCGGACCCAACAAGUUACCAUGGUACCCUACACGUGGCACGAGCCGUUUUUGAGACCCUGUCGCUGAUCAUGGUCGCAUUCACAUUGUUCACGGAAGUCAAUCAGUUGAGAAGGCACCGAAUCGAAUAUUUCCACGACAUGUUUAACUGGUUCGACUCCUCCGCCUCGUUCCUCAUCCUGAUUGCUGUUCCACUUCGCUUUACGGAUAACAUCGCGCAAUGGCACGUGCUUGCAUUCGGAUACCUCCUCUGGACAUUGCGGAUAUUCAAAUUUGCCGCUGUGUUUAGACAGAGCGGUGCCUAUGCCCAGAUCCUUUUCCGGAUCCUUGCAUAUGACUUCAUGCAGUUUGGUCUGGUGUUCCUCGUUAUCCUCCUCGCUUUCUCCGUGUCAUUCUAUCUCGCUCUUCGUGGUGACUCCGGCCUCAACGUCCAUGACGAAACAAGCACGUUUUGGGGGAUCCUGUUUGUUGGUGUGCGGUCCCUAACGGAGGCGGCGCCAGUCGUGGAAUACACAGGCGAUAAUGGAUACGGGACUGUCAGCGUGAUACUGAUGCUGUGCUUCCUGUUCACGUGUAUCGUGAUCCUGCUCAACAUCCUGAUCGCGCAGCUCACCGACACGUAUCAGAAAGUACAGCAGGACGCCCAGCGAGGCCUCGAGGCUAACCGUGCUUGGAUUGUCUCCAGGGUAGAGCUCAACUCGUUCGUCUUUGGACAUCGUUAUUUAAACCGGAACACGUACUAUGAACCGAGUCAAGACAUAGAGGACAUGAAAUCCGUGUUGGACAAGUGGGAGUCGCCUCCCCUAAACGAGAUUAGCAAGUAUGUUCGGGACGUCUGGGAAUCGAUCGACUCGCACCGCCUGUCCCUCCUUACCGUCCAGCAGCGACUCGCCCGCCAGGAAAACACACUAAGAGACAUACAGGAGAAAUUGGGCAGCCUGGUGAAGGCGUCAGGCUCAAGUGUAGAAUGGCCGCAAUUUAACCGCAGCGUACAGCCUACGGGAGUGGGUAGGGAAAGUUGGCGGGCAAGGACGGGUCAAGCAACAAACUUACCUAGUACUGUUCCGAAAGAAGAUUUUGACAGCUUGAUCAGGGACUUAUCUGGCGGCAUACCAGAAGAUGAGGUUGAUAACAUACUUAAGGAGUCUAAUGUCAUAACCAAAGAAAGUGCUAAUAUUUGAAGACAUUCUCAAGAC